AUGAGAGAGCGAAGCGAUGAGACGUUCCACAAUUUAUCGGUUCUCGUGAUGACGGGUCUCGCCGCAAUUCUUUCCGUCAUCACCGUCUACCUGGUUGUGGUAUUCAUUUUGACGAAAUUGCCGAAUCCCUUCCGAUUCCGCCGAUUUCCCGGAUUUGAUACGUUUUGUCCUCACGCCGUCGUUCCCAAUGUCAGUCGAUAUAAAGUUCAAAAACUAGACAAAAACGAAAUGCGGACCACAAUUUGCCCGGGAAUGACGUUCGAGGAGGCCGCGAUGCUCGCCGAUCCCAAAAUUCGCGAGAGACAUUUGGCUUAUAUGGCAAAUAUGAAUCAGCAGGCUGUCGAGGAUGCACAAUCGUCGAAAUUCGCCAAAAAAGGCAAAAUUCUAAUACCGAAGAACAUCAACAACGAGCAUCUCAAACCGAGUGCGCCGACGUCAAAUCGCUCACUUCAAAUGGUAUUCUACGAUCCAAAUCAAAAUGAACAAUUCGAAAUCGGUUCGAGUGUUGAUGAUUUGGUGUCGACGAAAACGAAAAAAUCGAAGAGAAAGAAAGUCAAAAACGAAAAGGAAUUGGACAAGACCAAAACCAGCUCAACGAAAACAUAA